UAAUUCAAAUACUAAAAGAAAAAAAAAAAAAAAACAGAACCAAGAAACAUACCAGAAAAGAGUUGUUUCAUCAAACAAACUGAUCACAUAUCAGAAACAAGAAAGCAAGACACUAAAGAAAAUAUAUAAAGAAGAUUGAAACAUCAUCGAAAAAGAAUAGAAAAAUCUUUAAAAGACAAACUUAUCAAAAAAAAAAAAUCUUUAAAGACAAGACUUCUUCAAGAUACAUAGCAACAUGACGGACGCCCACACUGCCCGGACGAUCGUUGGAAUCAUCGGAAACGUGAUCUCUUUCGGCUUGUUCUGCUCUCCAAUACCAACGAUGAUAAAGAUAUGGAAGAUGAAGUCAGUGUCGGAGUUUAAGCCAGAUCCGUACCUAGCCACGGUUUUAAACUGCAUGAUGUGGAGUUUUUAUGGACUUCCUUUUGUCCAUCCCGAUAGUCUCCUCGUCAUUACCAUUAAUGGAACUGGUCUUUUCAUGGAACUCUUUUAUGUCACCAUCUUCUUCAUCUUCGCUACCUCAGCUAUCCGCAGAAAGAUCACAAUAGCUAUGGUGGUUGAGUUGAUAUUCAUGUCAGUGGUGAUCUUCUGCACAUUGUACUGUUUGCAUACAACAAAACAAAGAUCUAUGCUUAUUGGGAUCAUGUGCAUUGUUUUCAAUGUUGUCAUGUAUGCUUCUCCUCUAACCGUGAUGAGACUUGUGAUAAAGACAAAGAGCGUGAAGUACAUGCCGUUCUUCCUGUCACUAGCCAGCUUCAUGAACGGAGUCGUUUGGGUCAUUUAUGCAUGUCUUAAAUUCGACCCAUAUAUUUUGAUACCAAAUGGCCUUGGAUCCCUAUCCGGAUUAGCACAACUUAUAUUAUACGCAACUUACUAUAGAACAACUAACUGGAACGAUGAAGAUGGAGAUAAAGAAAAGCGGUUUACUAAUGCUGAAAUCGAGCUUGACCGAGCUUGACACUUGCAGCUAUGGAUGGUAAUGUCCAGCUUCAUCGUUAGGUUAAGAAUAAGAAUCAGAAGAGAUGCUAAUGAAGAUACAUAGAUGAAGACGAGGAAGCUCCGAAGUUGUUAGCUUUUCUUGAGUAGGAAGAAAGAAAAGGGAUUUCACUUUUUUUUCUUGUUGGUUGGAAACUAAAAUGAUAAUAAUUUUGGCAAGUUGAAUCUACGUAAUUUGUUACAGUUAUAGUAGUUUUAUUAGAUUAUUUUGCAACAUUUAUGGAAGCUACCAUAAGAAACUAGCAUGUAAUGAUUCUUGCUGCUCCUUGUGUAAUAAAAGUUUCAAUAUACUACU